AUGCCGUCCACCCACUUCUCCGAAGACCCGCCGCAGGUCAUUAACCAAAAAGAUCUCGAACUCGCCAACGAGAUGCUCAAGGCGUCCGAUGCCGGGCACGCAGACGCUCGCGGCGGCGACGCCGUCGAGUCCGUCGCGGCCGCAAAGGCUCAAGACGAGGGCGUGGCACCCCUGCCCACGCAGGACGGGUCCGACUCGCCCACCGGCAACGGCAACGGCAACGGCAACGGCGCUCAGCUCGAGAAGCUCGGCACCUAUGACAAGUACGAAAUAACAGAGGACGACUGCUACAACGAGCUGGGCUAUAGCUUCCCUACGUGGAAGAAGUGGUACAUCCUGACCGUCAUCUUCUGGGUCCAAGUGUCGAUGAACUUCAACACGUCGCUCUACUCCAACGCCAUCCCUGGCAUUGCUCAGGAGUUCAACGUCAGCGAGCAAGCCGCCCGCUGCGGCGCCAUGAUUUUCCUAGUCCUCUAUGCCUUUGGCUGCGAGCUCUGGGCCCCCUGGUCCGAGGAGUUCGGCCGCUGGCCCGUCCUUCAGCUCUCUCUCUUCCUAGUCAACAUCUGGCAGCUUCCCGUCGCACUCGCCCCCAACUUUGCCACCAUCAUGGUCGGUCGCGCCCUCGGCGGUCUGUCCUCGGCCGGCGGCUCCGUCACACUCGGCAUGAUUGCGGACAUGUGGGAAGCCGAUGUCCAGCAAUACGCCGUCGCCUACGUCGUCUUUUCUUCGGUCGGAGGUUCCGUGCUCGGGCCCAUCAUCGGUGGCUUCACCGAGCAAUACCUGCAUUGGAGGUGGUCUAUUUGGGUCCAGCUCAUCCUCGGCGUCUUCGUCCAAGCGGUCCACUUCAUGACCGUUCCCGAGACGCGCACCACCAUCAUGAUGAAUCGCAUCGCCAAGAAGCGCAGAAAGGCGUCCAACGCCAAUUUCUGGGGCCCCGACGAGCUUGUGCCCUUUGCGGAUCGCUUCUCGGCCAAGGAGGUCCUCGCCACCUGGAUGCGCCCCUUCAAGAUGUUCCUGACGGAGCCCAUCGUGCUGGUGCUUUCGCUGCUCUCCGGCUUCUCCGACGCCCUCAUCUUCAUGUUCAUCCAGUCCUUUGGCCUCGUAUACAAGCAGUGGGGCUUCUCAACUGUCCAAAUUGGCUUGGCUUUCAUCCCCAUUGGUAUCGGCUACCUUCUCGCUUGGGUGCUCUUCAUCCCCGCCAUUCGCCGCAAUAUCAAGGAGCGUCAGGCCAAGCCAGAGGAUGAGAGGGCCCAGUAUGAGUCGCGUCUCUGGUUCCUCCUAUACACAGCGCCGUGCCUACCCAUUGGCCUGAUCGGCUUCGCCUGGACCAUCUCAGGCCCUCCCAUACACUGGAUUGGGUCCAUGAUAUUCGCCGCCGUUGUCGGUAUCGCCAACUACGCCAUCUACAUGGCCACCAUCGAUUACAUGAUUUGCGCCUACGGCCCGUACUCUGCCUCCGCGACGGGCGGCAACGGCUGGGCCCGAGACUUUUUAGCUGGUGUCCUCACCGUGCCAGCCCUGCCCUUCUUCCAGAACAUCGGCGCCUCAAAAGGCAGGAAUCUCGAAUACGCAAGCACCAUUCUCUUCUGCAUCUCCUUUGUCCUCGUCAUUGCUGUCUACGUCAUCUAUUGGAAGGGGCCCACGCUGCGCAAACGAUCGCCCUUUGCCCAGCGGUUGGCCAACGCGCGCGAGGAGCAAGUUACCGAUGGCCGCCAAGGGAGUGUCUCGUACGAUCCAGACCGCCGAGCCUCUUCUGCCUCCGCCACCAUUCGCCCAGGUGGAUUCGAGCGACGAUACAGCCAACAGCACCGUUUCUUCGGCGAAAGCCGAGUCACUCCUCGAGGAACACCACGCGGCACUCCAGCGGCGAGUCGGCGCCCCAGCAUGGCCAACACGGGGAAAAAGUGA